AGCACUCAUCUCCGGCGUCCGUUCCGUGCACCGCCACGCAUGCUCACGCCUCCGUCGUGCGCACCCUAUAGCUUGCCGCUCUCGCGCACCCGCCGUCACCGCCUUCCACCACCACGUCAGGAACACGGCGGCGACCCCCGAGAACGCACGGGCCGCGUCGCCGUCGCGGCAGCCCCGAGACACCGCACACUAGCCGAACCGGGCAAGCCGACAAGGAACGAAUCCCCACCCGUCGCCGUCCGCCGCCGUUACCUUGCCGGCACCGCGUCGCCGUCGCGCCCACGCGCCCCGCCCGUGCCUGCUCCCUCCCGCAACCUGCCGCGACGCCCGGCUCGGCAAAGCCAUUCUUUUUUCACCGCGAGGUGCGGCCGCUGCCGCGCGCCGCACGAGCUGCCAGCGCCCGCCCCGCGCGCCGUCCCCUCCCAUUUUUUAAACCCCCUUGUCUCCCUCCUCCGCAUCUCACCACCUUCACCCCUCCCCGCUUGUCUCUCACCCGCCUCCUCCCCAACGGUCCCGGCCAAGAACGAGCACCCGCGCCCCCACCACCGCGCUUUUGCCGGUGCUCGGAGCGCAUCGCCGGUCGCCAAAGGCGACAAACCACUCCUACCGCGGUCGCGGAUGCUCGUCGGAAGCUAAGCUCCGGGGCGUGCGUGUUGGACGAGCGGAGGCACCGCGGGCGAGCUGUUGUCGACUGCGCACGACGACGGCGACGGCGUGGCGGGCAGCGAGGAGGAUUCGCGCGCGCCGCCUCGCUCGCUUUGCGGGGAGCGCUCGCCUCGCCUCCCUCCUCCACUGAUCGCGAAUUUUAUACUCGCCGCCGCCGCCUCGUGCUGCCCACUUUAGCCGGAAAGGCUGGGGCGCCUUCCGAGCUAGCAGUACCAGUAGCUACUAUCUACUGGAUAAAAGGGGAACGGGAGGUGGAUAUUCGCGUAUCCGGAGCUGAGAUUCGGAUCCGGAUCUCGCCAUCACCGUCACCGGGAUGAAGGACCAGGGAUCGGCCGGCGCGUCGCCCGGCCCGCCGGAGGGGGAGAAGAAGGCAAUCAACUCGGAGCUAUGGCACGCUUGCGCUGGGCCGCUGUCGGCCAUGCCGCCGGUGGGCAGCCUCGUCGUGUACUUUCCACAGGGCCACAGCGAGCAGGUUGCCGCUUCGAUGCACAAGGAGGUGGACAUCAUCCCCAAUUACCCGUCUCUUCCAUCUAAGCUCAUCUGCAAGCUUCUGAGCCUCACCUUGCUGGCAGAUUCUGAAACUGAUGAAGUUUAUGCUCAGAUGACGCUUCAACCUGUUAGCAAAUAUGAUCGAGACGCAAUGCUGGCAUCAGAGCUGGGUCUGAAGCAAAACAAGCAGCCAGUGGAAUUCUUUUGCAAGACGCUGACGGCGAGCGACACAAGCACUCAUGGAGGAUUCUCGGUGCCACGUCGCGCAGCGGAAAAGAUAUUUCCUCCACUAGACUUUUCGAUGCAACCACCAGCCCAAGAGAUCAUGGCCAAGGAUCUUCAUGACAUCUCAUGGAAAUUUCGACACAUUUUUCGAGGUCAACCAAAGAGGCACCUUUUGACAACUGGUUGGAGUGUCUUCGUCAGUACAAAAAGGCUAUCAGCUGGUGACUCAGUUCUGUUUAUAAGGGACGAAAAAUCUCAGCUUCUCUUAGGCAUACGCCGUUCUAUCAGACCCCAACCAGCUCUAUCAUCAUCAGUUUUAUCAAGCGACAGUAUGCACAUUGGUAUUCUAGCUGCAGCAGCCCACGCCGCCGCAAACAGUAGUCCCUUUACAAUUUUCUACAAUCCAAGGGCGAGCCCAUCGGAAUUUGUCAUUCCUUUAGCAAAAUAUAACAAGGCUUUGUAUACACAAGUUUCUCUUGGGAUGCGGUUCAGGAUGCUGUUCGAGACUGAGGAUUCAGGGGUCCGAAGGUAUAUGGGAACAAUCACAGGUAUUGGUGACUUGGAUCAAGUUCGGUGGAAGAAUUCUCAUUGGCGAAACCUUCAGGUUGGCUGGGAUGAAUCAACUGCAUCAGAGAGGCGCACCCGUGUUUCAAUAUGGGAGAUCGAACCAGUUGCCACGCCAUUUUAUAUCUGUCCACCACCUUUUUACAGGCCAAAACUUCCUAAGCAGCCAGGAAUGCCAGAUGAUGAAAGCGAGGUUGAGAGUGCAUUCAAAAGAGCCAUGCCUUGGCUUGCUGAUGACUUCGCCCUAAAAGAUGUCCAAAGUCAAUUAUUUCCUGGCUUGAACCUAGUCCAAUGGAUGGCUAUGCAGCAGAAUCCGCAGAUGCUACCAGCUGGUGCUUCAGCUGUGCAAUCCCCGUACUUGACCUCCAGUGGGAUGGCUAUGCAGGAUGGGAUGGGCACUGGCAAUGAAGACCCAACAAGAAGAUUUAAUAUACAAGGCCAAAAUAUUGGUUUGCCCAACUUACAGGUUGGUUCAAAAAUGGAUCACUCUGUAAUGGCUCAACAUCAACAGCAGUCUCACCAACUAUCACAGCAGCAGGUCCAGCAAUCACAGCAAAGUUCUGUGGUUCAGCAACAGCAAGCCCAGCUGUUGCAGCAGAAUGCUAUUCACCUCCAGCAGCAGCAAGAACAUCUCCAACGACAACAGUCUGUGCCGCUGCCGCUGCCGCAGCAGCAGCAAGAACAUCUCCAACGGCAACACUCACAGCCACAGCAGCAGCAAGAACAACUCCAACGACAGCAGCAGUUGAAUACUGCUGCAAGCAUGCAGUCAAUGGAGCAACAUAAGCUGAGAGAACAACAGCCCCAAGGUGGACAGGCUAUUUCACAAGCACAACUGUUGAGCCAGAUUUUCCAACCAUCUUCAUCUCAGCUACAGCAGUUGGGGUUACCCCGGUCACCUACCCAGCGCCCAGGAUUUCCAGGUUUACCAACUCCAGGUUCUAUGCAGCAGCAAGCUUUAACCCAGACUCCACAGGUCCAGCAAGCAGCAGAAUAUCAGCAAGCCCUCCUACAGAGUCAGCAACAGCAAUUACAACAACUAUCACAACCAGAAAUGCAGCUCCAGCUGCUCCAAAAGAUCCAACAACAAAAUAUGUUAUCUCAGCUGAACCCGCAACAACAGUCCCAGUUGAUUCAGCAGUUGUCUCAGAAAAAUCAGGAAUUUCUCCAACAACAAAUAUUGCAACAUCAGUUAGGUGGCUCUGAUGCUAUGGGUCAGUUCAAACAAUCACAACAAACACCUUCAAACCAUAUCACAGGAUCUUUGACGCCCCAGCAGCUUGUAAGGUCUCACUCGGCGCUUGCCGAGAGUGAGGAUCCAUCAAGCUCAACCGCUCCUUCAGCCAGCCGUAUUUCUCCAAUGAAUUCGUUGAGCAGAGCACACCAAGGGAGCAGAAAUUUAACUGACAUGACAACAUCACCACAUAUUGAAAACUUACUUCAGGAAAUCCAAAGCAAGUCAGACAAUCGAAACAAGAAUGAUAUGCAGGGUAGCAAAGAAUCAACCCCUGUACCCAAUCGAUACCCAGUUUCAGAUCAACUUGAUGCAUCGUCUGCCACCUCCUUUUGUUUAGAUGAGAGCCCACGAGAAGGCUUUUCUUUUCCCCCAGUUUGUUUGGAUAGCAAUGCUCAAGUUGAUCCAAGAGAUAACUUCCUUAUUGCGGAAAAUGAGGACUCGUUGAUGCCAGAUGCCCUAUUAUCAAGAGGGAUGGCUUCAGGAAAAGGUAUUUGCAAUUUGCCUUCUGAACAAAGGGAUCACAGGGAGGUUGAGAAUGAGCUAUCCUCUGCUGCAUUCAGUUCCCAGUCAUUUGGUGUUCCUGACAUGUCCUUCAAGCCUGGAUGUUCAGGUGAUAUUGCUGUUAAUGAUGGUGGAAUACCAAGCCAAGGAUUGUGGAAUAAUCAAACACAGAGGAUGAGAACUUUCACUAAGGUUCAAAAGCGUGGAUCUGUGGGGAGAUCUAUUGAUAUCACACGGUAUACAAAUUAUGAUGAACUUCGGCAUGAUCUUGCAUGCAUGUUCGGUAUUCAAGGGCAGCUUGAAGAUCCCUACAGAAUGGACUGGAAGCUAGUCUAUGUUGAUCAUGAGAAUGACAUCCUCCUUGUUGGUGAUGACCCCUGGGAGGAGUUUGUGAGCUGUGUGAAGAGCAUCAAAAUACUAUCAUGUGUUGAAGUACAACAAAUGAGUUUGGAUGGUGACCUUGGUGGCAUCCCUCCACAGACACAAGCUUGUAGUGCAUCUGAUGAUGCAAAUGCUUGGAGAGGCUAAUCAUGUGAAUACAAAUGAAUAUGCUUCUUACCAUUGAUUGUUUAAAGGAUACAUAGAGCUUUAAGGAUCUAAUACAACUAGUGUUAUUCUAAGGUUAGACCUAGAGUCAACUCGCUGACAAAUUGAUCAGAAUGCUUCUAGCGGAAGAUGAACCGCCUUAUUUGGGAGCUCUGGACAUCCUAUUCCCACUAAAAUUUGGCUGACUUAUCAACAUUGACCAGAUUAAUU